CCUCGCAAAUGUCGCAAAUGUCGCAUCGCAACAAAGUUCGUAAAGGUUCGCAACGUUUUACGAGACUUACGAACAUUUUACAUGAAAAUGCACGUAAUUUUUCUUGCAAACCUUGCGAACCAAUUAGGCAUGUGUUAUCUCCGCAAAUCUUCGCAAAGUUAAGGAGAUCUACCGUAACUUAGGAUGCCUAUCUACAGACAACUUACAUUUUAGCCAAUUUAAUUCUUUAGAAAUUUAAUGCUCAUUAAAAUUUCUCCAAAAUAUCAGUUUUUCGGGAAUUUCUGAGCCAAUUCUUAUCACACAAAAUUGUAUAAUAUAUCAAAAUGAUCGUAUGGUCCAAACCGAUCGAUUGAUGUCCCUCUUGAUGAGUGUGACCACUCUACCAUGAGUUGCCAUUUGGUAUGAUGGGCCUUAACAACGCAUCCCAACCACCAAAAAUUACUGCUUUGUAUGAAACGAAAUACUUGAAUUGCGGAGCUUGCGAAAUGGAAAAAUUUGUCGCUCACGCCAAAAGUUAACAUAUUUGCGAACUUUGUUGCGAAGCGACAUUUACGAGCCUCGUGAGUUGGGUCAAUAUAUUUCCGAUCACAAAAUAUACCGAGAUUCAUUUUUUUUAUUAAUGCAGCACGACUUAUUACCUUGCAACUAAUUGCAAUUCUAUGUUAAAAAUAUCGAAGGAUAAAACUAUAUAUGUAUGUUACGUUUUAUCAUUUUAUUACGUUAAAACACGUGGAACAAUUUUCUAUCAGCUAAGCUGAAUUUCAGCUUGGCAGUGCUAAAAGUUGCACGUGGUAAUGUACCUAUUAGGUACAUUUGUUUAAUUGGUUUUAGGUACUACCUAAACACAAUUAAACAAAUUUACCGGUUAUAUAUUGAAAGACUUUUAUGUACCUUCCUUAUCUUUCCCUUCAUCCAGUAUAUUUUGUAUUUAAUGCAUUUUAUAUUGUAAUUUCUUUUGCAAUUCCUAUCUAUUGUAAAAAGGAAACUGUUCCAUAACUUGUUCCAAAUCAUUAGCGAAAAUAUUAUAAUUAAUCUUGGAAAGCAUCUUUACCUAAUUAUUUUUAAUUGUAUGGGCUCACCACACGUACAUAUAUAGAUACAUACCUAAGCCGAGCAUACAUACACAAAUACACGUAGCUAUUAAAAUAAAACAUACCCCGUGUCGAUAAUAACAUUCUGAUAAGAUCAGUUUUCAGUAGAAUGAAAAUUAAUUACGCUUUUAUUAACGUAGAGCAACAGCGCAAAGCUAAGAUCGUAUUUAGAGCAUUUAUUGUGUGCAUUACAUUUUUGUAUCAAUUCUGCAAGUAUUAAAAAUGUGGCUUUGUUAGGAUAAAUAUAAUAAAAGGCAAGCCUGGUGAAAAGUAAUAACUCCACGUGCCGGGAUUUGUCAACCUGUUCACAGGGUGUUGCAUAAAUUAUUAAAUCGGUAUUUUGGUAUGUACAUAAAUACAUAUCGUCGUACUAAUUCAGAAAAGAGGUAAGUGCAGUCGAUGCUCAAUGCAGAAAAGUGGUAAGUGCACACAUGUAUUCAGUUUAGGAUCGCAGUAUUUAUUAAACAUUAUACAUAACUAAAUACUUGUCUGCACUUACCUCUUUUUACUCGUUUUUUGUGUGCACUGAACUCUUUUCUGCAUGGAGCAUCGACUGCACUUACCUCUUUUCUGAAUUAGUACGACGAUAUGUAUAACAGAUUUGCACGCGUAUGCAUAAGUAUGACUAACUAUAAGUGAAUUAACUAUACAUAACUUCUUAUAAGUUUCAUUAUGAGAAGUGGUUCCAGUCUAUUCUUACUACUAAUGGGAAAGCUUGUAUAUAUAAUUUAGUAAUUUAUCGUAAACAGCAAAUUCGUCUUUCAUAAGUUUAUGUAAAUCGUUUCAACCUUAUUAAAACUUCAUGUAACAUUUGCGUUUACAACAAAAUUUGCUCAGCAGUAAUAUUUAGAAGUUUUUUUUACAAAUUAUGGGGAUUAGCGAGCUCGUCUUUAAUUUUUUCAACUACUGGUUUCGACUACCAGUAAAGGAGGGCAGGGUAGUUAAGAGAAGUAAUUGGCAAAUUUGGUUGAUCAGUGUGGGUGGUCGUCUCGCGUUUUAUGUCAGCUUGUUGCACAUCCUGGUUAAGGAUAAAACGUCCAGUAGAAAUUGGUUUGACCGAAUCGACUCCAAAGUAAUUUUGGGGGCAUUACCAUUUCGUGGGAUGGUGAAGGAUCUGCAGGAGCUGGAGAAUGUGACCGGAGUCGUUUCGCUAAAUCAGGAUUACGAGUUGUGGUUAUUUUCGCAUAAUAAAGAGGGAUGGAACAAAUUGGGGAUAAAAUUCCUCCAGUUGGCAACCCGAGACAAUUUUGAGGCACCUUCACAAACCAAUUUGAAGUCGGGGGUGGAUUUCCUCCUCAAAUGUUGGAAAGCAGAGGGAACAAUUUACGUGCAUUGUAAGGCAGGCAAGACGAGAAGUGCGACGCUGGUGGUUUGUUAUUUAAUAGAGAAAAAUAACUGGACGCCAACCAAAGCGAUUGAUCAUUUAAGGAAACGCAGAGUACAUAUUUUUCUAGGAGAUGUCCAACUUAAAGCGAUUGAUACUUAUUAUGAGAAUUAUGUCAAAGAAAACGUAAUGUAUUGACUGAAUCGUAAUAAUCAUACAUAUACAUAUAUGCCUAAUAAGUAAUAAGAUAUUAAAAUGUUGCCAAUUUAACAAUAUUAUUAA